AUGCUCGGAUGGAUGCUCAAGCGUGGCGACAACGCGUCGAACGCCGUUGAUGACGCCGACGAUACUACGCAAUUCGAGCAACCCGACACACCAGCCCCCGUGUUCGCCGCGCGAGCAUUCAAAAGUGCCUUGUUUGGCACGCCCCGACGCCAUGACAUUCGAGCUGCACGGCCUGGAAGACGGAUCGCGUCGAGUUCCUCGGCUGAUAAGGACUCGAAUACACCAUCGAAACCUGCUGGAAUUCUUCUGACACCUGGCACCGGGGCUGCGAGACGAAAGCAUGUUUCUUUUGGACAUGAUGUGGCUGGCCAGAAAGCUGCCACGACCCAGCCAGAAAAUCCAGCUGGCAAACAACGGGGAACCGUGACUUCAAAGAAAGCAAACGCUGUCGCUGUAGCUGACUCUCGACCUGACGAUGAGGACGAAUGGGAAGAGGACGAUGAUGGCGAUCAAAUGCCGACCGACAUGACCGUCGAUCUCAACGAGCCGCAUUCGCAAUCGGGAAAAUACUGGAAGGAAGAGUUUGAAAAGUACCAUGAGGAUGCUCGGGUUGAGCUGGAGAAAUUGCUCAAGUAUAAGCAACUUGCAAAAUCGUAUGCGAAACAACGAGAUGCCGAGACGAUGCAGCUAGUUGAGCGUUUGCGCGACGAGCAACUCAAGGUGCUAAGAAUGGAAAAAAUGAUUGCCGAGAACGAAUCAAACAUUGCCUCUGCGCGACAGGCAGACGAUGGCGAUGCGACAGUCGGACUCGUGAACAAAUUGGCAUCACAGACCACCUUGGCGACGCAAUACCGAGAAAAGGUGCAAAAACUGGAAGGCGAACUGGAGCAAGCGUUGCAUGACAGGGAGCAGAGGGCCGAUGGGCAACGGCGGCGCCGACAGGGGAGCGCGUCGCCGGCCACUCACAAGGCCCUGACCGAGACGCAGCGCGAGUUGCGACAGGCGAAGAACCAGUUGCGAGAAAUGGGCACGCUUCGCGACCAGGUUACUUCGCUCAAGGCCAAACUGGAAGCAGCUCGAGACAAGGCCAUCAGUAUACAUGAUGCACCGAGCGAAACUUCACGGACCAAGGAACUGCGCAGCCAGCUCCGAGCACUCAAGGAGGAUUCUCUGAAGAAGGACCAGGAGCUGCUCGUCCUCAGAUGCGAGUUUGAUGCUUUCCGGGAGGAAUCAGCAACCCACGACGCCGACACGCGUGCCGUUCUGGAGCGCGCGCACUCGAAGAUUGCCGAGCUAAAGAAGGAAAUCAAGACACUCCAAUAUACGCAAGCAAAGCAGCCUCGGCCUGUGAGCUGGGAUGUAGCCGAGAAUGCUGGCCCAGCUGGCUCGGGCGCCUUGAACGACGCAACUGUCCCCAACGAGCCUCGAGGCAGUUUGGAUCCUAACCAGCGUCGCAAGUCCCAGCUUCCCUCCAAAGAGCGAAAAUCACGCUCGCUCCGCGAAAAAUUCCGCGAGGACGCGUCUCGGAGUCCUGAGCGCCUACCAGUGCGCGGCGCACACGAGGCCGACGACGGACGCCCGUGGCAGGCUUUUGUGCCACGAUCCCCACGCAGCCUCGACUACCUCGGCGUGGAUGUGGCCCGGCGGAUAGAAAAUGGCGGUGUGACACCAGCGGCGAGCAAAAAGAAGACUGAGCCGGCGCCUGCGCAGAAGCCAGCAGACACGAGGCGACGGCGGCUCAGCCAGUCGGACGACGAGGACGCGAUUGACUUGCUGAGAAGCCGCUUCGCCAAGCUGGGCGGUCCGGAGGAGGGCGGGCAGGGGCACGCGAGCGUUACGAUUCCCGGCAGGAUUAAGCUCCCGCCGGAGCGCCGGGCGGCGGCGCUGGCGCGGAUCGAGAAGCGCAUGGCGGAGAAGAAGAAGGCGCGGGCGCGGGCUAUGGACAAGGAGAACGUCCAGCCCAUGCACUAG